AUGAGAGCAGGAGGCUGCACAGUGCAACAAGCUCUAACGGCGGAGGCAGCAAAUGUUAUCAAACAAGCAGUAACCCUUGCUAGACGGCGAGGCCAUGCCCAAGUCACUCCUCUCCAUGUUGCCAACACCAUGCUUUCUGCCUCCACUGGCCUAUUGAGAACAGCUUGCCUUCAGUCACACUCUCACCCCCUUCAGUGCAAAGCCCUAGAGCUUUGUUUCAAUGUUGCGCUUAAUCGCCUCCCAGCCUCAACUUCAAGCCCUAUGUUAGGUACUCACUCUCAACAGUUCCCAUCAAUCUCUAAUGCCUUGGUCGCAGCCUUUAAGCGCGCUCAGGCUCACCAACGGCGUGGCUCUAUUGAGAACCAGCAGCAGCCUCUCCUUGCAGUGAAAAUAGAGUUAGAGCAGCUCAUAAUAUCUAUUUUAGAUGAUCCAAGUGUUAGUAGAGUCAUGAGAGAAGCUGGUUUCUCUAGCACUCAAGUGAAAAACAAUGUUGAGCAAGCUGUUUCUUUAGAAAUAUGUUCACAAAGUGCUCCUUCUGUGAGUAGCAAGUCCAAGGAAAGCAAUGGUUUAGUCCUUUCACAUUCUCCUCCUUCCAGUCAGGUUGGAGCAAAAGCAACAGUUUUAGAUCCAAUUAAAAAUGGAGAUGUGAUGUGUGUUAUAGAGCAUUUAGUGAACAAACCGAGGAGGGGUUUUGUUAUUGUCGGAGAGUCUCUGGCUAGUAUAGAAGUUGUGGUGAAAGGAGUCAUGGACAAAGUUCAUAAAGGAGAUGUUCCAGAGGCUUUGAGGGAAGUGAAGUUUUUAACAAUUCCAAUUUCCUCUUUUGGCCAUUUCUCUAGGGUAGAGGUAGAACAUAAACUUGAAGAGCUUAAAAACCAUUUGAGAAACUACAUGGGCAAAGGAGUUGUUCUGAAUUUGGGAGAUCUCAAAUGGGCUAUUGAGAAUAGUGCUAGCAGUUCAUCAAGUGAGAAAGGGAGGUGCUAUUUCUGUCCAAUGGAGUACAUGAUCAUAGAGCUUGGCAAAUUAGUUUGUGGAAUUGGAGAGAAUAAUGGAAGAUUUUGGCUUAUGGGGACUGCCACCUUCCAAACUUACAUGAAGUGUAAAUCAGGCCAUCCAUCAGGAGAUACUGUUUUGGGUCUCCAUCCACUUACAAUUCCUGCAGGCAGCUUACGCUUGAGUCUCAUCAGUGACAGUGAUCUUCUAAGUCAGUCCACAAGCAACAAAGCUGAAAAUGGGUCUAGCAGCUGGAUUAUUCUUGAAGGUGGGCAAGACAAACAACUCACUUGUUGUGCUGAUUGUUCAGCUAAGUUUGAGACUGAAGCUCGAAGCUUACCAAGUAGCACCUGUAACAGUGACUCCACAACUUCUAGCCUUCCCGCAUGGCUUCAACAAUACAAAAAUGAGAAAAAAGUACAAAAUGGUGAUAAUCAGGAUUCUACGUCAAUCAAAGAUCUUUGCAGAAAAUGGAACUCAUGUUGCAGUUCAAUCCACCAACAACACUACUCUUCUGAGAAAACCCUCACAUUUUCUUCCCUAUCACCUUCUUCUUCUACUUCCUAUGACCAGCAAUACCCUAAUUUUCACCAAACCCACAAUAAGUGGCCCAUUGUUGAACCCAAGCAGUCAUCGAGGGACCACCCGUUCUGGAUUGGUACAGAGACUUUCAACAAGUGUAGCAUUGAACCAAGUUCGAGAAUGUACAUCCCAAAGCAUAAAGAUCAUACCAAACAAUUGCCCAUUUCAUCAAAUCCUAAUUCUACUCCAAACUCAACUUCCUCAAGUGACGUCAUGGAAAUGGAGUAUCUCCACAAGUUCAAGGAGCUAAAUGCUGAGAACUUGAAAACCCUAUGCAAUGCAUUGGAGAAAAAAGUGCCAUGGCAGAAAGAUGUAAUCCCUGAAAUAGCAAGCACCAUCUUGCAAUGCCGGUCCGGAAUAAUAAGAAGAAAGGGGAAGGUGAAAAACGGUGAGGCCAAAGAAGAAACUUGGUUGUUCUUUCAAGGAGUUGAUAUGGAAGCUAAAGAGAAGAUAGCUAAAGAAUUGGCUAGGCUAGUUUUUGGCUACCAUGACAGCUUCAUUUCAAUUGCUUUAAGCAGUUUUUCCUCCACAAGAGCAGACUCGACCGAAGAUUGUAGAAACAAAAGAUCAAGGGAUGAACAAAAUUGCAGCUACAUCGAGAGAUUUUCUGAGGCAGUAUCAAGCAAUCCACAUAGAGUUUUCUUAGUGGAAGAUGUUGAGCAAGCAGAUUAUUGCUCUCAAAUUGGUUUCAAAAGGGCUAUUGAAAGAGGAAGAAUAACAAAUUCCAAUGGUCAAGAAGUUAGCCUUAGUGACGCUAUCAUCAUUUUGAGCUGUGAAAGCUUUAGCUCAAGAUCCAGAGCCUGCUCUCCUCCAAUCAAGCAGAGAACAAAUGGGUCUCCUGAAGAAGAUAACAGUGCUGGCGCUGCAUUAUUGGAAGACACAACCCCUUGCAUAUCCCUGGAUUUGAAUAUUUCCAUUGACGAUGAUAACAUGGAAGAUCAAUCAAUUGAUGACAUUGGCCUUCUUGAAUCCGUCGAUACGCGUAUCAUCUUCAAAAUUCAAGAGUUAUGA